AUGGAAUUUAUCAAUCCAAUUGAUCCAAUAAAUGGUCCUUCUCCUAAAAUUACAUCAAAAGAUUCUCCAACCAAACCUUCAACAGUGCAGCCAACCGCUUCUCCAACACAAACAACAACAACGCAUUUAAAUGAAUCAGCUGUAAUUGGUAUAGCGAUAGCUGUUGGAUUUUUUGUAGCAUACAGUGUAAUUUAUUUAUAUAGAUGGAAUAAAAAUAGAAGGGAAAAUAAUAGAUGGAAAAGUAAUAGGUGGGAAAGUGACAACCAUGAGAAUAUCAUGCCAAUCACUCCUGAUAAUACUUAUGGACAACGACCCCCUCGAAGGAAUAAUUAUGAGCCAGGAAUGAUUCCAGAAACCCCACCUUCUGAUAACGCUUACACCCAUGGGUAUCCUCCUGAAAGGAUUAAUAAUAAUGAGCAAGGAAUGAUUCCAUAUAGCGGGCGAAGUAUGAUUCCAUCUCACACUCGUGAGCAGAACAUGUCCAUAUCUGCGAAUACUUAUGGGCAACAAACGUUACCAAUCCCUCAAAAUGUUCAUUAUACUUAUAAUCAAAAUAAUUAUUAUAUUACCUAUAAUCAAAGCAACCAUGAACAAGAUCCUUUUUAUUUAAGAUGA